CUCCUCAUUUCCUUCUUUUUCAUCUCCUUCCUCCACCAGCCAUGGCUGCUCUCACUGAAUUCUUCUCCCACCUCUACACCAUGACCGUCGUCUUCUUCACUCUCCUACUCCUCGAAAUCGUAAUCCUCGUCAGGUCCAUCACCGGCGGCGGUUCCGAUUCCGAGAAACGUCUCAUCACCACCACCCAGUACCUCAAAUUCAUUGAAGAAAAGAACCCGACAAUCAUUCACUCCACAGGAUCAUCCAUGGUGGAUCAGUCAUCGAGUCAGUGUGCCGUGUGUUUGUCGGAGCUGGAAGAGGGCGAGAAGGUGAGGAAAUUGAAAUGUAAACACACUUUCCACAAGGACUGCCUUGAUCGGUGGCUCCAACAGUACUGGGCUACUUGCCCACUUUGUAGGACCAAAGUUUUACCCGACGAGAUCGUUGCUAACUAUCACAGGCUGCAAAAUCAGGUAGAGUAUGAUGGAAGUGAUGAGGAUAUGAUUUUCUUGUUGUCUGCUCUUCAUGAUAAUAGUUUACACAGAUUGUUCUGAAUUCUCCUUUCUUAUUACACUUCUAGGAUUUUUUACUUUUUCUUUUCUUUUCCUUUCAACUUAUUUUGCCGACAGAAGCUCAUUACUUGGUGGACUAUUGUAACUUUUUCUCACCUUUAUUUUUUUUCUCUUUGGUAAAUUUUGAUGUAGAUUUUACUUCACCUAUGUAUGUAAUUCCCUGUAUUGCCUAUCUUAUGAAAAUUAAACGUACAUAUGGCUUUAGUUGCCUCUCUGUACUGUGUUUUCUGGGUUAAUU